AUGGCUGACGAUCAAACACAGUUCGAAACGUUGCUCGGAAAUCUGCUCAGUUUGGACAAUGAAAUCCGGACACAGGCUGAGGCAACAUAUGACACUAUUCCUUCUCCCAACAAAAUGACUUUCCUGAUAACCUUGCUGCAGAACACAAAUGGACCAGUAGAGAACCGAUCCCUUGCAGCAGUUCUGCUUCGCAAACUGUUUACUUCCAAAUUUGAUGAUUCCUGGCCUCACAUCCUGCCUGAUUCUCAAGUUGCCAUCAAGACCUAUCUGAUGAACCUUAUCCAGCAAGAACAAGAUCAUGCUGUACGCAGGAAAGUGUGUGACGCUAUUGCAGAACUUGCCAGGAACAUGCUCGAUGAGGAUGGAAACAUGACCUGGCCAGAAGUCUUAAAAUUCCUUUUAGACUGUGCAAGUUCCGAAGACCCUCGACUACGAGAAAGUGCCCUUCAUAUCUUCAGCUCUGUUCCUGGUGUGUUUGGAGUUGCUCAGAAUGAACAUUUAGACACAAUCAAAAGGAUGUUGGGAUUAUGUUUACAAGAUAAAUCUAUAGAGGUUCGGUUUGAGGCUGUGCGAGCAACAACCUCUUUCAUCAUUGCCAAUGAAAAACAAAUGAAUGUCUUAAAUCACUUCAGAGAACUCCUGCCUGGCAUCAUCAGUGGAGUUGCUGAAAGUGUCAAUACAAAACAUGAUGAUUGUUUACUUAAGUGUUUGAUCGAAUUAGCAGACAAUGUACCCAAAUUCUUACGCAGCCACUUAGAGGGAAUUCUUCCAUUUUGUCUCAAGGUUGUCUCUAAUGCGGAGGCUGAGGAUCAUCGGCGGCAGUUAGCUUUAGAAGUGAUUGUUGCCCUUUCUGAAACUGCUCCUGCCAUGGUCAGGAAAAACUGGAAGUAUAUUCCUAAUUUAGUUCCUGAAACAUUAGCCUUGAUGGUUGACCUUGAAGAUGAUCCAGAGUGGUCUAUACAAGAUGAAACAGAUGAUGAUGAUAUUGAAAGUAAUGCUAUUGUCGGUGAAAAUGCUUUAGAUCGUCUUGCCUGUGCACUGGGUGGCAAAACUAUCCUUCCACACAUUGUUUCCCAUAUACCUCAAAUGUUGACAAAUGUUGAUUGGCGGUACCGUCAUGCUGCUUUGAUGGCAAUCUCUGCUUGUGGCGAAGGAUGUCAUUCACAAAUGGAACAGAUGCUUGCAAACAUUGUGGAUACAGUGCUACCCUACCUGAAAGAUCCACAUCCUCGUGUCCGAUAUGCUACAUGCAAUGCCCUUGGUCAACUGUCCACAGACUUUGGUCCAACUUUCCAGAAAAAAUUCCAUGCUAAGGUGGUUGAAGGUCUUUUACUCAUCAUGGAUGAUAAUGAAAACCCUCGUGUUCAAGCCCAUGGUGCCGCAGCUUUGGUCAACUUCAGCGACGAGUGCCCCAAGUCAAUUCUCCAAGAGUAUCUGGAUGUCAUUUUGGCAAAACUGGAACAGGUACUCAACAAUAAACUCCAAGAAUUGGUGGAGCAUGGCCGGAAGCUCGUGUUAGAACAAGUGGUUUCCACUUUGGCCGCAGUUGCAGACACCUCAGAAGAAAAAUUUGUAGUCUACUACGACAAAUUCAUGCCAUGUCUCAAGUACAUUGUGCAACAUGCAACAAGUCCUGAACUGAGACUUUUGCGAGGGAAGACAAUUGAGUGCAUCAGUUUGAUUGGGUUGGCUGUUGGCAAAGAAGAGUUUAUGCAAGAUUGCAGUGAAGUAAUGCAGUUGCUGUUAAAGACACAGACAGACAUGAAAGAUUUACCUGAUGAUGAUCCACAGAUUUCUUACAUGAUUUCUGCUUGGGCUAGAAUGUGUAAAAUUUUGGGCAAGGAAUUCCAGCAGUACCUUCCUAUGGUAAUGGGGCCAGUAUUGAAAGCAGUGGCAAUUCAACCAGAUGUAGCCAUUGUCAAUAGUGAUGAUAUGAAAGAAAUGGAGGAUGACACAGAUUGGCAGUUUGUGACACUUGGUGAUCAGCAAAGUAUUGGCGUGCGUACUUCAGGCCUGGAAGAGAAAGCAACCGCUUGCCAAAUGAUUGUUUGUUAUGCCCGUGAAUUGAAGGAAGGCUUUGCUGAAUACACUGAGGAAGUGGUGAAACUCAUAGUUCCCCUGCUGAAAUUUGUUUUCCAUGAUGAUGUUCGUGUCUCUGCAGCUGAGUGUCUCCUUACUUACUUGAAUGUGCCCGGAUUAAAGGGACCAAUAUCCAUUGAAUAUGAACCAGAACGUGCAGUGUUACCUGACCAUCUAGCAUCCCUUGCAAAGUGCAUUGAAAAUCUUGGCAAGGGUUGCUUAACUGGGGAACACAUGGUUGAACUAGUUGCUAUUAUUGAUAGACUCAUGAAUGAACACUUUUCCAAACAGGAAGAAAGAGUCGAGAAAAGAAAAGAUGAAGAUUAUGACGAAGUGGCUGAAGAAGAGUUGCAAGAGGAGGACCAAGAAGAUAUUUAUAUACUCAGCAAAAUAUCUGAUAUCAUCCAUGCUUUGUUUGGUACACACAAAAAAGAAUUCAUCCCCAUUUUUGACACCAUGUCACAACAUUUUGGUAAACUAGUGAAUCCUGAUCGGCCUUGGGCUGACCGACAAUGGGGAUUGUGUGUUUGGGAUGAUGUAGUGGAGCAUGCUGACGUUGAAGCUAUGAAGUAUAGAGAUUACUUUGUGACCCAAAUGGUUCAGGCAAUCUGUGAUAAGCACCCAGAAGUUCGCCAAGCUGCUUCAUAUGGGAUUGGCGUGAUGGCCAUGUAUGCUGAACCUGCUUUUCAUCAAGUCUGUGUGGGUGAGUUGGUGUAA